CGCUCCCCCUUGCCUGGAGCUGCGUGGCGGGGAGGGUCGUCCGCCCCCCGUGUCGGCGGUGGCAAGUGCUUGGCUCCAGCCGACCCCCACCCCACCCCACCCCAUCCCCGGUUCCUGUUAGCUAACAUCGCCCGCAUCGUCUAGUGACCACAGUCUAGUCCCUUCGCUGCAAGUUGCAUAAAGUUGCAAGCGCGUGCCUCGCAUCCCGGUUCCCGAAAAGGAGUACUCCAGUAUUCUAGUUUGUUCAGAGGAGGAGCCCUGUGAUUAUGCCUUCAUUCAGGGAGUGAGUGAGUCAUUACGGAAGACAGGCCAAUAGACCCACGAGCAAAAUCCCAUUACCUCUGAGAAGCGAUCUGUGAAGUACCCUAUAGAUAACAAGCAGAGAGAGAGAGUAGGGUAUCUUCUAUCAUAAGUUCUUGGUUGACACAGAAAUGAAGAGUAUCUUGGCUGAACAUUCACACAGAGGGGAUCAUUAUGAUCCUGCCCCUACAGCAGUGUGAGCAGCCCUGCUUCAGCAGCACAGCCUCAAGCCCUCAUCGUGGGAAGAAGGCCACUUCCUGGGGUGCUCUCCUGUUCGCGCUGAUGCUGGCCUGCGUCGGCAGCACUGUCUUCUACAGGGAGCAGCAGACUUGGUUCGAGGGUGUCUUCUUGUCUUCCAUGUGCCCCAUUAAUGUCAGUGCCAGCACCUUUUAUGGAAUUAUGUUUGAUGCAGGCAGCACCGGAACUCGAAUUCAUGUUUAUACUUUUGUGCAGAGAACAGCAGGACAGCUCCCCUUUCUGGAAGGUGAAAUUUUUGAUUCUGUGAAGCCAGGACUUUCUGCGUUUGCAGAUCAACCCAAGCAGGGCGCUGAGACUGUUGAAGGACUGUUAGAGGUGGCCAAAGACUCAAUUCCCAGAAGUCACUGGAGAAGGACCCCGGUGGUUCUGAAAGCAACAGCCGGGCUGCGUCUGCUGCCAGAGCACAAAGCCCAGGCUCUGCUCCUGGAGGUAGAGGAGAUCUUCAAGAAGUCACCUUUCCUGGUCCCAGAUGACAGCGUUAGCAUCAUGGAUGGGUCCUAUGAAGGCAUCUUAGCGUGGGUUACUGUGAACUUCCUAACAGGUCAACUGCAUGGCCAUGGCCAGGAGACUAUGGGGACCCUUGACCUGGGGGGUGCCUCCACCCAAAUCACGUUUCUACCCCAGUUUGCGAAAACCCUGGAACAAACGCCUAGGGGCUACCUCACUUCCUUUGAGAUGUUUAACAGCACUUUUAAGCUCUAUACACAUAGUUACCUGGGAUUUGGAUUGAAAGCUGCAAGACUGGCAACCCUGGGAGCCCUGGACACAGAAGGCACCGACGGACGGACCUUUCGAAGUGCCUGUUUACCAAGAUGGUUGGAAGCGGAGUGGAUCUUUGGGGGUGUGAAAUACCAGUAUGGUGGCAACCAAGAAGGGGAGAUGGGCUUUGAGCCCUGCUACGCAGAAGUGCUGAGGGUCGUGCAAGGAAAACUUCACCAGCCGGAAGAGGUUCGCGGAAGCUCCUUCUAUGCUUUUUCCUACUACUAUGACCGGGCUGUCGAUACGCACUUGAUUGAUUAUGAAAAGGGCGGUGUUUUAAAAGUUGAAGAUUUUGAAAGAAAAGCCAGAGAAGUGUGUGAUAACUUGGAGAGCUUCACCUCUGGCAGUCCCUUCCUGUGCAUGGAUCUCAGUUACAUCACAGCUUUAUUAAAAGAUGGCUUUGGCUUUGCAGAUGGCACCCUCUUACAGCUCACAAAGAAAGUGAACAACAUAGAGACUGGCUGGGCCCUGGGGGCCACCUUUCACCUGCUGCAAUCUCUGGGCAUCUCCAGCUGAGGCUGAGCAUGUCCUCUGAAGCCUGCAUUUCUGAACAACUUUGUUUUUACAGGAAGGAGUGGACUCAGGCAUUUUCUGAGCUACUCUGUGGAAAGCCCGGACUGAAACCCAUUAGCCGGCUUUAUUAGGAGGGAGGGGAUUUUAUAGAUGACUCUUGCCCCUUGAGCCUAGUGAUUUGGGCUUAAUUAAUUUUUGCACAUCUAAUGUGAACAUCUCCCUACCCACUUGGCAGGUGUACAGCUGUCACCAGAGUGUAAAUCUUUUGAGGUUUUUUAUAUGUCACAGAGUCCUGUGGGGGGAAGGGGGGGAAGAAUAGGUUUGGAACUCCAUGUUAGAUUGGGAGUUCAGAGACAGGUCCUUGGGAACCAAAGGAAAAAAAUCUCAUUUCAACCCUUGGAGUGCCUCAUUCCUUUGAAUGUGUUAGUUUUUUGCUUAAAAGCUAAAUGAAGUUGACUUACUGAAGUCCCAUAACCUAUCAAUACUGGUAUUUUUUUCUUCUUCCUGCCCUUAUUACACUCCCUACCCUAAAACCCGAGGUGGGAAAUACCUGGUAUGGCUUCCCAUCUGUAACUCAAAGAGAAGGGGGAAAGAUACUAAUAUUAGAAUCUGUGUGGCCGGGCAUUGGUGGCGCACGCCUUUAAUCCCAGCACUCGGGAGGCAGAGCCAGGCGGAUCUCUGUGAGUUCGAGGCCAGCCUGGGCUACCAAGUGAGCUCCAGGAAAGGCGCAAAGCUACACAGAGAAACCCUGUCUCGAAAAACCAAAAAAAAAAAAAGAAUCUGUGUGAUCCUAUGGCACAAUAGAUCAACCAACCGAUUUAGAGCUUAGAGCCAUCCUGGGUAUUUUAUUUUUCGAUAGGCAUCAUACUCUGUUGCUCAGGCUGGCCUGGUACUAUGUAACCCAGGUUGCCUUGAAGGAUCAGUUCUCCUGCCUCAGUCUCCUGAGUCUUGGGAUUACAGUGAGCCAUCAUGCUCCUCUCAUGGGAAACCUUAGAAGACGGUGGAGGUCCUCUUAGAAAGAGGGCCAUCGGGUCGCCAGAGACAGCUGCUGCAGAGCAGGGCUGUGGCCUGCUUCCUGCCUUUACUCCUCGGUCCACUCGGGGUUACGACCUCGCAGCCUUAGAGAUGCGGGCACAUCCGGUGCCAGCGCUCCUCCCAGGCCAGUGUGGUUGUUAUGGUAUUAAACAUGGCCCUGAACUUAGCAUCCUUGUAUUUCUGUGAAAUACAGCUGCACCCUACCUAGUUUUGGUCUAUGGCUAGAAGUUAGUGUGUGUACUAUUGGAGUCUAAAGAUUACCAUCGCUUUCAUUUGUCCUGGGGGUUGGGGUGUGGGAAGUGCUGGAGACUGAACCCAGGGCUUCCUGCGUGUUCAGCACAAUGUGUUACCACUCCACUUUUACAGUAGUGCUUCCCUGCCUGGGCCCUUACUGACUUAGCUGCUAUUUUCUGAAUUUAUUGUCUAGCUCAGGAUUUCAUAUCCUUCCCAGUGGUACCCAACAUUUGAUUUGAUUGGCUAUUUUGGCCCAUAUCAGAACAAGGACUCACAUUUCUAGAGAACCAUGUUUUUCUCUCAGGCCACUCUGUGUGUUGAGGUUGAACACAGGUCAUCAUGCAUGCUAGGCAUGGGUGCUCUACUACAUUAUAAAGUCAUUAUCUUAAAAUUUUUACCAGGUGGUGGUGGCGCACACCUUUAAUUAUAGUGCUUGGAAAGCAGAGGCAGGAAGAUCUCUGAGUUUGAGGCCAGCCUGGUCUACAGAGCGAGUUCUAGGACAGCCAGGGCUACACAGAGAAAGCCUGUCUUAACAAACAAACACAAAAUCCUGUCACUUCUUGUGUGACCACCAUUGGCUUGCCUCCUGCUUGGUUUGCGGCGUCCCCUCUGCUGCUCGGCUCCUCCAUCAUAGCACUUUACCCUUCCUCCUUCCUCUUCUCUUUCCAGGGACGUUUCCAUCUCCCCUAACUUGUCAUUUUCAGUCAUCUCCUGUCCACUCUUCACAAAGGAUGUGAAUAUGCCUGGCCCCAUGGCAGCCCCCUGGGGAACCUUCUUUUUGAAGCCAUCACAUUGAGUCAAUAAGUAUUACCAGCUGCUGUAUAUAAAAAUGUAGGCAAAUGUGUAUCCCUACCCCCUCAAUUUUAGGGUUUUAUUGUUUUGAUUAAAUGGAGAGUUUCUUUAGACUCUCACACUGAGAACAUGUCUUAAGGCUGAGCUUCAUUUUUGCUGAAUUUAGCCUUGAGCUUCUUGGACACAAGUGGUCCUUUCACCUUAGACUCCCGAGUAUCGAGACUAUAGGAUGCCAUGCUGAGCCUGGCUCAGACUUCUAUUACUAAGUUCACCUUCACUUCUUAAAAACAAUGCUUGCCGCCGGGCGGUGGUGGCGCAUGCCUUUGAUCCCAGCACUUGGGAGGCAGAGGCAGGAGGAUCUCUCUGAGUUUGAGGUCAGCCUGGGCUACAGAGUGAGUUCCAGGACAUCUAGGGCUACACAGAGAAACUCUGUCUCAAAAAAACCAAAAAUCAAAAACAAAAAACCAAAACAAAACCCCACAAUCCCACAGUGCUCACACAUAAUGAACGAGAUUUUCUACAUCAGAAAGAUAAAAUCUCCUAUGGAAUGCAUACUCAGUGUCUCCCUAGCAGGCGUCUCCAUCCAGCUCUGUUAAGUGUUUUCGGGCAGCUCCUUUCCACUUAGGAUGUCACUGAUGUUUACAACUUUGUUAGCUGAGCACUACCUCCUUUCCUUCAGUCACCUAUGUCUCUCACUCCAGAGCCUUCCAGACUCUUUGACGAUAACUAGUUUUAUGCCUUAAAAAAAAAUGCAGCAUACUUUCUAGACUGUUUACCAUGUCUAUUAAAACAAGUAUUAAGCUAGUCAUAGUCCACUAAAUGCCAUCACAGUUGAGAGAAACUGAGCUGAUUCCUCAAGAGUAAGCUCUACAGCAGGCCUUACAGCACAGGCCUCUAAUCCUAGCUACGCUGGAGCUGAGGCAGGAGGAUUGCUAUGUAGCAAAUUUGAGGCCAGUGGGCAACUCAGUAAGACACUCAAAAAGUUUUAAAAGGGAGAGAGGUUAGAAGAUUUCAGUGGGGUUGGAGAGAUAGAACAGAGGUUAAGAAGUUAAGAGGCUGCUCUUCCAGAGGUCCUGAGUUCAAUUCCCAGCAACCACAAGGUGGCUCACAACCACCUGUAAUGAGAUCUGGUGCCCUCUUCUGGAGUGCAGGCAGAACACUGUUUAUGUAAGAUUUAAAAAAAAAAAAAAAAAAAACUUCAGUGGCCAAGUGUAUUUAGCACAUCAGGUCCUAGAUUAAAUCUCCAGCACUAAAUAAAGGAAGCAGAUAGCACCACCUGUCAGGUGAGUUCCCGGUGUUUCUACCACAGGUGGUGUCUGAAGCCUCAGACACAGGCACCCCAGCUGUAGAGUGUGUACUGUUCCACAGACACCUUCCAGUUACCUUGGAUAUUGCCAGAAUUCAAGGAUGGACUCUCUCACUCAGAAAUUUAUCUGCAUAGAUCCUGUUAAUCUUGACCAGAGUCUGUUGACUUACCAGUUUGUUCUUUUAAAUGCAAUUUGAGGGUCUUAAUUUUUCUCAGAAAAAAAAAAAAAAAUGCCAUGGGCCUUUUUGUUUGAAACAAGUGUUUCUCUGUGUAGCCCUGGCUGGAGACCAGGCUGGCCUCAAACUCAGAGAUUUGUCUACCUCUACCUCCCCAAGUACUGAGAUUAAAGGCAUGUACCACCAUCACCCAGCAACAAGGGCCUUUUUUAAGAAGGGGGUCCUAUGUGUUCUGAUGUUGCUGACAAGUCUCAUCUCUGUGAAAAUAUAUUUUCAAUACCUGGGAUGUGGUCUGGUAUGUGGUAGAUAUUGUGUGUGUUAUCACUAUUCUAUGAAGAACAUCUGACUCACAGAUGUCCUUGCAAAGUGUGCCUUAAAGUUCUCAUGUCUGCCCCCCCCCCCCAUAUAUUGGAGAGUCAGUAUUCUUAUUAAAGCUGCCUUUUUGCAAAAGG